UUGCCGGGUCAGCUAGUAAUUUUAUAUAAAUCCUUAUCUGCCAUAAUUCAUAUCUGAUGUCUUAAUCUUAAUUCCGUUCAAUUUAACUUUCCCAUAACAAAGAUAGCUAAGGCCACUGUUGUAAAACAUUUCGGUGUUAAAAAAAUGAAGCCUGAAAGGUAGAUUAGAAGAAAGGAAAAAUUUUAUAGAUUUUAUUUUAGAUAUUUGGGCUUAAAAUAUGUAUAUACGAUAAUUAUCAUGAUGCAUGGCUUGGAGUUACACUCCUUUCAUGCAUCAUUGAUUUAAUAAUAAAACUAAAAGUAUUCCAUGGGGCAUCAUAAUCAAAAAUGUCGAGUAGAGAUUUAUUUGAAAUCUUUUAAUAUGUUCGACCUCGAUCCCUUUGUCUAACCAAUCGGGCGGUCGAUUAUAAAACAAUAGUCAAACGAAAAUAAAUAAAUAAAUAAAUAAUUAAAAACUGUCUGUUUACUUAAUAUGAACCGAAGAUGAUACACCAAGAAGCUUAAUAUUUUAAUUUACAAACUCAAAUAUGGCCGAGGGUGAGAUACCUGGUGAGGCCGAAGUGGUCGAGCUUGGUGCGGAGGAGCCGCUGGUUUGUCGGGGGUGCCUCGCGAACGCCGGCGAAAUGAAAAACAUGUACGAUUGGGGACUGAAUGAGGAAUUCUUCAAGAUUACCGAUAUAAAGGCUAUCCGGACGGAGAACAUCUCUGAAUUCCUUUGCACGACCUGCGAGGAUAUGCUGAUGAUCUGCAAAAGAUUUAAAUCACAAUGCCAGCAAUCAAACAGCAUCAUGAUGAACUGGAUCAAGACAACGACAUCGGAUUCAUCGGUCCCGCAGAAUAUAACUCGUCACAUCCUGACCGAGAAUAAGCUGACCGUAAUCCUGCUGGCGCCGGACCGUCUGGCCAAAGUCUACAUUACGUGUCCCUUGGACUGCAACGAGAGAUACAUAAAGAAACGGGAUCUCCUAACGCAUUUGAAUAGAAAACACAACUACAGCAAGGACUUCGCUGUGGAAUUGCAGUAUUACUGUUCGUAUGAAACGUGCACUUACAGCAUGAAAUUCGGCAGCAAAUGGUUCGCCGAACGCAAGUUUCUGAAUCAGCAUUACAACAAAGUGCACAGCAUUAAAGUCAUUGAAUGCGAGCGAUGCAACAAAGGCUUUCCUUCCGAGACGGAUUACGCGAGACACGUGCCUGCUUGCAGUAAAACAUUUCAGUGUCCGUUGUGCAAUAAAGAGUACGCUUCGAGAGAUCGCUACACUGUGCACCUGCUAAGGAAACACCCGCAGAUACAUAAAGAGUUCAAGAUGAAUAAUAAAGCGGAAAAACGCAAGUCCGCUGUGCUCGCGAAGAACAAGAAAAAGAAAAAAGAAUCUUUCGAAGAUUACAUUUGUGAUAGUCCGAAACGCAGUUCAGCGACUCAGACGCGGCUCGAUGAUAAAAUUAAGAAUGACGUCACGCUGCCAUCUUGGUCCGUGCCCGGCAGGAGCGACGGCCUCGAAAUCAAAACAGACGAAAUAUCGACGCAGACUGUUUUCGAAGAUCUGUUGUCUAUAAAAUCGCAGACGAGCGAAGACGAAUCGAUAUUUUGUUCGGAAACAGUAUCGCUGUCUGAUAUACAAACUCAAACAUUUCCGAUCGAAUUUGGUUUGAGUCGUUCGAAUAAGGAGACGGUCACGAGCGAGACCCAGUCACCGGAUUUGAGUAUUAAAGAGACUCAAACAUGUUUAUGCCUAUACGAAACAUCGAAAAGUGGAGGUAGAUAUCAGGACGGCCUUUCGUCAAGUCCGUGCAGCAACAAUUUCAUAUCAACGGAGACUCAAACGGGCGACCUCAAAUGCUGCGUCAAAUCGGAUGUGCUUUUGAGCUUUAAUUCGACCGAAACUCAAACUUGCUUCGACGAUGACACCCAAGGAAGCGAUAACAUUAUGUGAUAUUUGGAGUUACUGUAAGGUUUAUCUUGAUGAUAUACUUUUGAUAUAUGUAUUUUUAUUUACGGAAUAUUUAAAAGAACGAAUCGUGAUAGAUCACUAAUAUUUGCGUGAAGCUGAAAAAGCAUCUUCCUGGCUGGAAAUAAAUCAUUCAAUGGAUUCAGAACAGUGGAAAAGUUGAAAAUCAUAAUGUUAAACUAAUCCUGCUGCUGCGAUUAGACCCUCUAGUAGGGCAAACAAUGAUCAGCUCUUUCUCAAGUUUAAAGUUAUUUGUGUCAAAUCACUUAAUAUAGUUCUGUUUUAGUGGCGGUAAUGCGUCGGACAGCUGUAAUAUAAGUGCGAAACUGUUAUGUCGGCGAAUACGAUAGUUUUGAAAUUUAAUUGAUUUUCAUAGUACGAAGGCAGCAUGGACCCUCAGACGCGAUCGCUGGAUCAGUUGCCUCAGAUUGUAACUAUUCAAAUAGCUUCAUAACUUAGUUGAUCGAUUGAAGUGAUUGCGAAGUGAAUCAUCAGUUGUGGUACUAUAUCAGUGCUUCUUACUAUUCCCCCUCCCACACCACUUGCUUCUUACUAUUCCCCCUCCCACACCACUUGCUUCUUACUAUUCCCCCUCCCACAUCAUUUGCUUUUUACUAUUCCCCCUCCUUUAUAACUUGCAUCUCGCUGCCUCAUUAGCCAAAAAACUAGUGCUAUUUUAUUUAUUGCCUUCUGUGAGAUAUCAAACCAAUUCCUAAACGCAUUCGAUACCUGUCAUUCUAAAAUGUAGCUAUCUCGCUCUUAACUCAACUUCCGUCCUGUCUUUUUCCUAAAUGUUCGGUUAAGUGUGCGUAAGUUAAGUGUGUGUGUAUUAAUUAAUUAAGUGUUUUAAUCCAUAUAUGAAAUCUUCUAUAUAUUGCGCAUAAGUUUAAAAGUUGUUUACUUACAUUCAUUUGCAUUGUACUGUAACGUAUAUGCGACCUAAUGUCGAUUCUCAUAACAUUAGUCUUUGCUGACCACUCUACGAAACAUACUCUAUGACUCCCCCGAUAUAUUGUCUACGACGUACAUGUUACACGCUAGUAAAAACUAUAUUUGUGAUAACAAAAUAAAAAUGUAAGCCCGAU